GACGGAGCUUUCGUCUUCAAGAGCUGAACAACAGUAACCAUAGCGGUGGUGGGAGGGAAACACCGCCCGCUCGUGUUCACCGGAGAGGCGAACAAACAACAUGUGCGUUGCCAGAAGUGUUUGGAGAUGGGACACUGGACCUACGAAUGCACAGGGAAGCGGAAAUAUGUGCACAGACCAUCACGAACAGUUGAGAUGAAAAAGAAGCUCAAGGAGAAUGAAAACAAACCCCUCAGCAUCACUGGACCUGGAAGUGAAGGCUCCAGUGAGAAGAAAAUUAAAAAGAAGGCUAAAGACUCCAGCGACAGCAGCAGUGAUUCAGGCGGCUCCUCCAGUGACUCAUCGUCAGACAGCAGCGACUCCUCCAGCUCCUCUUCAGAUGACAGCGACAGCAGCAGUGACAGCGACGAUGACAGCUCUUCCUCAUCUCCCUCUUCCUCCUCCUCCUCUUCGUCCUCAGACAGCUCAGACUCAGGAAGCAGCAGCGAUUCAGAUCAAGGGCCUCCGAAGAAGAAGAAAAAGAAGAAAUAAAUAACUAAGUGGGUUUUCUUGUUGUUUUUUCCCUAAGUAAAUUUUAGCUGUCCACUUUUUUUUUCUCAAACCCAUCACAGUUGGUUGGAUCUGCAUGGAUAGGACACUUUUAGGGCUGUAAACCUUACAGCUGCAUACUGCUCAUACAGUUUUUUUUAAACAGAAAUGGACUAAGAUGAAAAGAGAACAGGAGAUUAUUUUGAGUUGGCUAUUGUGUCAUAUGUUCUGUUUUCAAAGUAAAUCCCCCCCUCUUACUUCUACUAAUGUGAUAUUUUCUCAAGAUUGUAGGUUUACUGAGGAGGAUGUACUUUUUAAAGAUCUGAGGAAACUAGUGCGCUUAUUCAUGUUGAAUCUUGUGAUUUUGUACUAAACUAUAUUUUUAGUCAAAUUUAUUAUGUACAGCUCACAACCUUAAUAAGGCAACACCACAUCUAGUAAUGAAAAGACAUUAGUAUGAGAACUUUUAAAGGAUACUGAAUAAAAGUUUGGCAAAAGUUGGUUUGUUAUUAAAUUAGUUUGAAGUUAAAUGGUCUUGUUGCUAUGAAAUUGCAGUUGCUUGUUUCACUGUAAAAUAAACUUGGCUUGUUUUUUCUUUG